UCAAUGAUCGGGCUAAGAGACUGGCGCACCACAGAAGAGCAAAGGCCAGCGCGAGAGGACCCCUAAUAAAUUCGGCCAUUGUCAGUCAGGUUGGCAGGGUUUAUGGAUUGGCUUUUCCCGAGCCCGCUGUCAGCUCUUAUCUCUUCUACUCUAGCGCAAUCUAUUCCUCCUGCUCAGCAACUUCUGCGGACGUCUUUGUUAUCUGCUCCUGACGUCAACUCGGAGGUGGCCCCGGGACUAUUCAUAGCUUGCUUUUGGUCGCCAAUUCCAAGACAUCCGACCGACCAACAGCUGAACUUAAGUUAUCCACAAGGGUGCCCCUUGGCGGCAUCGGGACCUCCUUCCGCCGGGCUCGACGUAUCUUGGCCCAACGCCGAGCCGAGGAGAGCAAUGGCCCGCAAGCUCCCGUCUUCCCUCACCUGCCACCGGGGGAAACCUGCAGCACCGGCACAACGUGUACUGAGAUACCACUCCCUGGACGACGCCCUGUUCUGUCUGGCAUCCAGUCUAGAACUACUUUCCCUCAUAAGAAGCAGUUUGGUGGUUAACAUCGAAUUGGGGCAUCGCCUCAUGCGGAGCGUACGACCAGCCUGGUUCGCUGUACACCUGAUCCUGUUGUCAACGAAGGUCGGACACGGGGCCAAUCUACGACAUUUGCGUUUGCUACUCUAUACCCUUACAUGACGGGAAGUGUCAAAACUGGACACCUUUGCAGCUUUGCAAGCCGAUCUU